AGAUGCUGCUGUAUGGUGAGAAACUCAUAUUGCUGAGACACUCUGACAGAGGAAAGAGACAGAAACAGAGGGGAGAGAGAGAGGGGGGAUCAUGGCUGACAUCCAUCAUUCAUUUUUGGGAUUGCUUGUGACUGUUUUGUACCUACUAUCAGGUGUCAGUGGAGAAACUCUCUCUAUGUUCUCCAGAGUGGGAGAUGAUGUCAGUCUGCCGUGUAACAAUGUGGUUUAUCCAAACUGCUCCUCAACUACAUGGAUCUAUAACAGAGCUGGAUCUAAAGUAACUAUUGAAGAGGUCGCAUUGGGGAAGAUCAAAGUUGAGAAGACAGAGAGAGCAGACAGACUGAGUUUAGAGUCUAACUGUUCUCUACAUGUUAGUGAUGUCAGUGCUGAGGAUGCUGGACUCUACACCUGUCGACAGUUCCUUACAGAGACUGGACCAAGACAUGGAGGUGAUGCCCCUGUUCAUCUGUCUGUUCUAACUAGGAGUACAGCCUCUACUGCAAGACCAGACUUCUCAACCACCUCCCCAUAUUCUGCUGGUUCUCCCCCACUAAAUCAAACCCACAUCCCCUCUCUGGUCCUCUCAGUUACUCAGACCCUCAUUCUCACUAUGGGAGUAGGAGUGGCUGUGGGAGCAGCUGUGUGUGUCGUUGCUGCUGUCAUCAUAGCACGCAGAAGGAGAACAAAAGCUCAAAUGACAGCUGAUGACAGCAUUAGUCAACCUGCUGACAGAAUUACCUAUUCCUCCAUUGACCACUUCAAUCAAAAUCCCCAUCAUAGAGUUGAUGCGUGUGUGUGUGGUCUCUGUAGGUCCAUGAUGAAGAUACAGUGACCUAUUCCUCUGUUAUACCCUGAAGCAAGGAUAUGCAUAUUCUUUAUACCAUUUGAAAGGAAACAUUUUGAAGUUUGUGUAAAUGUGAAAUGAUUGUAGGAGAAUAACACAUUAGAUCUGGUAAAAGAUAAUACAAAGAAAGAAACAUGCAGUUUUUUUGUAUUUUUUUUGUUCCAUCUUUGAAAUGCAAGAGAAAGGCCAUUAUCUGACUUAGGACUCUAGCCACAAUGUAGAUUUUGCCCACUUGAUGGCAGCAGUGUAUGUGCAAAGUUUAAGACUGAUCCAAUGAACCAUUGCAUUUCUGUUCAAAAUGUUGUAUCAAGUCUGCCCAAAUAUGCCUAAUUGGUCAAUAUAUACAUUUUCAAGUACAUAACUGUGCACAUUCCACAAACAAUAGCAUGGUAUGUUUUCACUGUAGUAGCUACUGUAAAUUGGACAAUGCAGUUAUAUUUAACAAGAAUUCAAGCUUUCUGCCCAUAUAAGAUAUGUCUAUGUCCUAGAAAAUGUUCUUGUUACUUAAAACGUCAUACUAAUCACAUUAGCGCACAUUAGCUCAACCGUCCCGAGGGUGGGACACCGAUCUGUAGAGAUCUAUUAAGAGGUUAAUAUUUUAUUGAGAUAGGACAGUGAAGCGGAGACCGGACAUGUAGGAGAGUUGGCGAGUCAGAAGGGCAGUGGGUCGGAUUAAACACAUGCUGACUCUGGUAGCCUAAGCUGAGCAUGUGUGCCAAGAUCCAUGGGACUAACCGCUGCACCACACUGGCCACUAAGAUGUGAUUUUAAUGAUGGUGUUAUGUUUUAUUUGUGUAUACAGCACAAUAACAGAUUCUUAGACAAACAUCUAUUAGAAAAUGUUUGCUGAUAACAAACUCAAUGUUAGUUUUUACCUGCAUUACUCAUGAUUCAAAUUACAUUGACUAAAGUGACUUAAUAAAACUAAAUGUUUUGAAUGUC